AUGUCAGACAGUAUGGAGCGAGAUAAAAUUGAAUUGUUGACAUCUAAAGAAAGAGAAGAAGAAGAAGAAAUGAAACGAGAACUUUUAGAUAUGAAAAUGUAUGAAACAUGGUAUACUUAUAAGGAUAUGAAAGAAAUUUUAGGAUUCAUUAAUGAAUCUAAAGAUAUGGCAAAUAUGGCUAAUGAUGAAAAAAAUGCACAAAAGGAAUUAAUAGAAUCUUCUAGUGAUUGUUCUCCAGAAGUAAUGCUCAAGACAAAUUUAAUACAAGAACUGGAAAUACAAGAACACAUCAAUAAUACAUCUCAAUCAAUACAUUCACAUAAGUCUAAUCAUACAUCUCCAAUACAUGAAAAAACAGUAACUCAUGAUUGUAAUAAUUCUGAUCUUGCAUCUGCUAUUGUUGAUUCAAGAAACUCUGUGUAUACAGAAAAAAAUUUGGAUAGUGAAGAUAUAUUUAUUAGAUCUCAAGAUAACUCAAAUAUGAGAGAUAGUUAUUCUCAUAAUAUGAGUAGAUACAUUUCUUUAAAAUCAAAAAAUUCUUCACAAGAUUCGGAUAUUAUAAAUAAUUCAGAGAAGAAAAUGGACAUAUAUUCUGAAUGUGAUAAAAAAUUGGAUCAAUGGCAAAUUAAUCCCCUUGAUUCAUGUGUUAGUGAAAAUGAUGUGCCUUUGCAAGAACCAAAUCGACCUAUAGUUCAAGAUCGUAUGCCAUUUAGAUUAUGCAAAGAUGCACAAACACCUGAAAUGCUUGAGAAACUACUGCCUGCAUUAAACUUUUAUUUGAAACAAACAGCAGAAUUAUGGCAUAGUUGGCAUCGUACUACUGAUACUAAGUUUCAAUGGGGGUCACCCAUUCAGGUGGGUCUUAUUAAAGAUAAUUUGGAUAAAAAAUCAGUAACAAAUAUUAAGACUGAACAAAAUGAAAUGGAAUGUAUAAAUAAAUAUAGCAAUGAACGACCUAAUAAACGUAAAUCAACUAUGAUUUUUUCUCUUUCUGAUGCAAUAUAUUCUAGCAGUGAUGAAGAUGAAUAUAUUAUUAAAAAAAAAAAAAUUCAAUCUUAUGAAGAUAAAAAUAAAGAAUUAAGUUUAAAUAAAAUGGUAUAUACUGCUAAAUGUAAUGAAAAAAAUAAAAAUUUAAAUCAUGAUAAUAUUAGUAAACUCUUUAAUAAUAAAGAAAUUGAACAUUUCAAAAUGGAAUAUAAAAAAGAAUCCAAAGACUGUUUGCCAUCUGAAUUACUUUCUUUAUGUCCAAAAAAAAUUAUACCUCAAAUUAGAAAAAAUAUUAAUAAAAAUAUAAAACACAUUGUUAAUAUGUCUCCCAAUUCAAUAGCACAUAGUAGUAAUGAGAAAAAAAAUGCAGUGAAUUUGAUAUCCAAAGAUAAAAAUAACAUUCUGACUGAUGAAGAAAUUCUCAUAGAAUUAGAAAAAGAUAAUGAAAAAGCUAAAACCACAUUUGAAAAUAUUGAAAUUAAACCAUUACCCAUAAAAAAUUUUUCAUAUAGAAUAAAAAAUGAAUGUCUAACUUUAGAAAAACUUCAACUUGAGAAACAAAAAAAAAUUGAAAUUCAAAGAGAAAAAGCUCAAAAAAAAGAAAUUGAAGAAAAAAAAAAGAAAGAAGAAUUAUAUAAAAAACAAAUAGAAGAAGAACAAAAAAAGGAAAAGCAAAGAGAAGAAAAAGAAAAAGAAAAAGAAGAAAAAAACAAAAGAUGGAAUAUAGUAUAUAUGAAAUCAAAAAAAAAAAUUAACAAAAAAGAUGAAGAAAAAUUACUGAGUGUAAAUAAACAAAAUAAGAUAUCAAUAGAUGAUAACAGAUUGUUUGAGGAUGAUAAUACUUCUAAAAUUAAUGAAAUUGAAAUAACAGAUAAUAAUAUUUCAAAUAAUAUAAAUUGUCCUAUAUGUAAUAAAUCUUUUCCAAAUGAUAAAAUAGAAGUACAUGCUGCUGGAUGUGAACAAUAUAUAUCUGAAAAUGAAAAUGAUGUAUAUUUAUUAGAAAGUAAAUCAUUACCAAUAACUAUUAAUAAUGCCGAAAUUCUUGAAUGUGGUGUUUGUUCGAAAUAUAAAACGACUAAUGGAAUACAUUAUGAAGAACAUGUUAAUACUUGUUUACAAAAACAACAUGAAGAAAAAUCCUUAAAUGGUAAAAUUAUAACUGAAAAACAUGAUAUCACAUUUUCUGCAACUGUACCAGGAGGUAUUUAUACCGAUUUAAGCAAUGCUCAUAUUAUACCAAAUAAUUUUAUUGGAUAUAAUGAUUUAACUAAUCGUUGGAUUGGUAAUCAAUCAGUUUUAUAUACUAAAAGUUUUUGUGUAAAUGAUACUUUAUUAAAUGAUCCUAAAGUACUAUUAAUUUUCCAUGGUGUGGAUACAUUUGCUACAAUUCUUUUAAAUGCUAAAAAAAUUGGAGAAACAUCAAAUAUGUUUUUAAGAUAUACAUUUGAUGUGACAAAAUAUUUAAAAAAAGGAGAAAAUGUAUUAGAAGUUUUUUUUUCUUCUCCUGUUAAAGUAGCUGAAAAUUUAUAUAAUGAACAAGCAUCAAAAUAUAUAAUUCCUCCAAUAUGCAAUCCAAAUACUUAUAAUGGAGAAUGUCAUAUAAAUCAUAUAAGAAAAAUGCAAGCAAGUUUUGCUUGGGAUUGGGGUCCUGCUUUUCCAUCAAUGGGUAUUUGGAAAAGUGUAGAAAUAAUUCCUGUAAAUGAAAUUUAUAUUAUGGAUAUUACAAUAGAUAUCCACAAAAAAAAAAAUUUUUGGAAUAUUAUGAUUACAUUAUUCUUUGAAACUAUUUUACAAAAAAAUAACCAAUUUAUAAUUUGUGAUAUUUCAUCUGUUCUUAAUAUUAACGAACAAUUAAAUAUUUAUAAUUCUACUAGAGUUAAUUUAUAUACAAAUAACAAAUAUAUAAAAAGUACUACAUUUCUCAAUGUACCUAUAGAUCUUGUACAUGAAUGGUGGCCAAAUGGUUAUGGCAAUCAAACUCUUUAUUUAUUAACUGUAACUGCAACUACUUCUACUAAUGUCAAACAAAAAACAAUACAUAUUGGUUUCAGAACAGUAGAACUUGUACAAAAGCCUCUCAAACAAGGAUUAAGUUUUUAUUUUAAAAUAAAUAAUAUUCCAAUAUUUGCAAAAGGUAGUAAUUUUAUACCAGCUAGUAUUUUUCCUGAACUGACUGCUCAGAUGGAUACAAUUAAACAUUUAUUAAAAUCUGCCAAAAAAGCAAAUAUGAAUAUGCUUAGAGUGUGGGGAGGUGGACUUUAUGAAUCUGAAUUAUUUUAUAAUAUAGCUGAUGAAUAUGGAAUCAUGAUUUGGCAAGAUUUUAUGUUUGCAUGUGCAAUGUAUCCUACUACAGAAGAAUUUCUUAAAUCAGUUAGGGAAGAGGUAAUACAAAAUGUACGAAGAUUAAAAAAUCAUCCCAGUAUUGUUCUCUGGGCUGGAAAUAAUGAAAAUGAAGCAGCUUUAUAUGAUAAUUGGUAUGGAACUGAAAGUAAACAAAUAUAUAGAACUGAUUAUAUCAAACUUUAUGUAAAUUUAAUCAAGAAAACAGUUGAACGAUUAGAUUCUACACGACCUUUUGUGAUAUCUAGUCCUAGUAAUGGAUUAUAUACAGAACAAUAUAAUUAUACUGGAAAAAAUCCAUAUUCAAAGAUAUUUGGAGAUGUUCAUUAUUACAAUUAUUUUAAUAAUGGUUGGGAUAUGCACCAAUAUCCUCGUGCAAGAUUUUCAUCUGAAUAUGGAUUUCAAUCAUUGCCAUCAAUUUAUACUAUGUUGCCAGUUGCAAAAUCAAUUACUGAUUUGGAUAUAGACAGUAACUUUCUUGAACAUCGUCAACAUUUACCAUUGGGAAUGUAUUUUUUGAAAAGUCUUAUUUCAAAAAAUUUAAAAUUACCUAAUAUUCAAAAUACUCUAAAAAAAUUUGAAAAUUAUAUUUAUUUAAGCCAAAUUAAUCAAGCAGUUUCUGUAAAGAUACAGACAGAAUAUUAUCGACAAUCAAUGUCAGAAUUAAAUGAAGUAGGAGAAGGAAUGACAAUGGGUGCUUUAUAUUGGCAAUUAAAUGAUGUUUGGCAAGCUCCAUCAUGGUCUUCUAUUGAUUUUGAUGGGCGAUGGAAAAUGCUUCAUUAUUAUGCUGUGGAAUUUUUUGCUCCUCUUAUUGUUACAUAUUAUAUUGAAAAUAUGAAUCUUUCUAUUUAUAUCGUUUCUGAUAAAACAUAUCCAAUAAAAAAUGUUACUUUAGAAAUGAAUCUUUAUACAUGGAAUAAUAUAAAACCUAUACGAUCAUAUUUUCACUCCAAUAUAACCAUUGGAGCCAAUGCAGUAACUAAAAUUGAUGAUAAUUUACUCAAAUAUUCAUGGAUUUUAAAUUCCACAAUACUUAAUGAAUGUCAAUUUAAUAUCACUAAAAAUAAUUGCAUUACAACACUUACCUUAAGAGACAAAAAUGGACUUUCAAUAGCACCAAGAAAUUACAUAUAUCCAAGUAAUGCCCUGAAAAAUAUUGCAUUACCAAUAGCAAAUGUUUCUGUAAAUAUAAAUGAUUAUCAUUUAUCUGAAAAAUUCUUUAAUUAUUUAGAUAUUGAAAUUGAAUUAAUAACAAAUAAUAUAAUACUUUUUGUAUGGCUGGAAGCUGGUAAUAUUUGUGGUCAUUUUUCAGAAAAUGGUUUCCAUAUGUUUGAAAAUACGAAAAAAAUUUUAUUUCAUGCAUGUGAUGUUACUACAUCAGAAAUGUUAAGAACAACUUUAAAAAUUACUACACUUUCUGAUACUUAUUAAAUUGAUUCAAUUUAUCCAUUUUUAAAUUGUAAUUAAAUAAUUGUUUAUCUCCAUAAAUUUCAUGUUCGUGGAAAAUAUGUUUCGCGAUGUAAAUAAAUUUCAAAUCCAAUAAGAAUAAUAAAUAUAAUUAAAAUUAUACUAAUUAUCAAAUAUAUUAAAUUUGACAUUGUUAACUUAUGAAUUUAUUUUUUAAAUUUUAAAUGAUAAUCAAGUUUAUAAAUUAUUAUUUAAAAACAUACAAUAAUUUUUAAUAACAUUUUAAUUAAUAAUAACAAAAUCUGAUAUGAAUAAUACUGAAGUUACCAAACAAAGAAAAAUCAAUAUAUACAAUAUUAUAAACGAAGAAAAAUAUUGUACAUUAAAUAUAUAUAUAUAUAUAUAUAUAUGUAUGUAUUAUUUUGAUUAUAAAUUAGUUUUAAUCAAUAAUCAAAUUAUUAAAUAAUAAUAAAAGUUAAGAUUUUGAAAUAUAA